CCUGACACUUUUUGUUCUGUCUGGGUCAUGGGCAUCAUGGCGAGUGCCCUGCACAUGAUGGAGAAUGUCAUGGGCAAGGUCAUGCAGAGCUUGCUCAUGCCCAAGGUGGCGCCUGAUUGGUUUGCCGGUACUCGGAGGCUCACGGAGUUCCCGCAAGCACCUGCGGAGAGCCUGUUGCUUCUCGGCUUUGUGACCCUUCAAGUUCCCGACGUUGAGGCGGCUGGGAAGGCAGCGAUGCGCUUCUUCGUCAAAGGCCUCGGCGCCAAAGAGGGCCCUGAGGUGGGGGGCGCCAAGACCGUAUGCUUGGGCGCCAGCCAGUUGCGGCUCAGGCCCGGGGGCGACGCGGUGUGGCCUGGGAAUUUCUACCUCUGGGUCGAGGACUCCAGGAAGGCACUUUCCAGCUGUGAAGAGCUCGACAAGUCGGGCGGCAGUUGCAUCCAGGAGGUUUUUCACAUCAAGGACCAAAGCGCUGCAGACGCUAUCCUCCUGCAGGACCCUGUGGGCAACAGCUUCGUGGUAAACCAGGCUCCAGUUGGCGGCAUGGCUAAGACGAUGCGCUCUGUGCUGCCGGGGACGGAUCAGGUGUCCAACGCCCUGGCUGUGGUCGGCAUCACUUAUCCCAUAGCUGCGGGCAAAGCCGGCUCCGUUGUCCGCUUCUACUCGCACUUCCUGGAUGCGGCCAUGUCCAAGAACAAGCAGGGCUAUGUCCUGAACUUCUCCCUGGGAAAAGCGCUGCAUCAGACUUUGACCUUCGUGGAAGAAGAGGAGGCACCCGAACCAGGGCCUUUGGAAGUUUGCAUUUACGUCGUGUCCAUGGACCAUCUGAAGCAGGCCUUCGAGAAGUGCUCGGAGGCCGGCAUCACGGAUGGCUCUUGGGAGGAUGCGGAAAAGGCCUGCGAGUUCUCUUUCUCGCGGUGUGUGGAGCCAGCGUCGCAAGAGACGGUGCUGGAGUUGCGGCAUCUCAUCCGCGCGCCCCAGCACCCCGAGUGGCCGCUUCCGCGGGAUCUUCCGACCCGAGCAUCGUUUUCGGAGAGUCAGUGAGGCAUGCGGGUGCACGCAGUCAUCCGGGACAGACU